AGCAAUAUGAACACAAUGCAGGUAGUACUAUGGGUAGCUAUUCCGGCCUUGUUGGAAAGGGGAUCAACAACUGUUGUGAUGACGAUAUUCUUAAUCAUGUUUCUCUUCCAAUAUCUCCCCAAAAUUUACCACUCGGUUUGCCUCUUGCGUCGCAUGCAAAACUUGUCUGGUUACAUAUUCGGCACUGUUUGGUGGGGGAUCGCCCUCAACAUGAUUGCAUAUUUUGUCGCAUCGCAUGCAGUGGGAGCAUGUUGGUACUUGUUAGGAAUCCAGAGGGCAGCAAAGUGUUUGAGAGAGCAAUGUAGAGAAACAAAGGGGUGUGGACUGAGAAUAUUGGCUUGUGAAGAGCCCAUUUAUUAUGGAACAACAAGCUUGGUGAGAGAUAGAGCAAGACUGGUUUGGGGGGAUAACAAGCAAGCCAGAAUUGCAUGCCUAGACAAUGAUGAUAAUUUUGAUUUUGGAGCUUAUAAAUGGACUGUUCAACUUGUUGCCAAUGAAAGCCGUUUGGAGAAGAUUCUCUUUCCUAUCUUUUGGGGCCUCAUGACUCUAAGUACUUUUGGCAACUUGGAGAGCACAACGGAUUGGUUAGAAGUUGUCUUCAUUAUUAUAGUUCUCACGACUGGGCUCCUUUUGGUCACCAUGUUGAUUGGAAACAUCAAGGUGUUUUUGCAUGCAACAACAUCAAAGAAACAGGCAAUGCAAUUGAAGAUGAGGAAUAUAGAGUGGUGGAUGAGGAGGAGACGCUUGCCUCCUCUUUUCAAGCAGAGAGUCCGUAAUUACGAAAGGCAGCGUUGGGCUGCAAUGCGCGGUGUGGAUGAAUGCGAGAUGAUCCGCAACCUCCCUGAAGGCCUGAGGAGGGACAUCAAAUACCAUCUCUGCUUAGACUUGGUUAGACAGGUACCUCUGUUUCAACAUAUGGAUAAUCUCGUCUUAGAGAAUAUCUGUGACCGCGUGAAGUCCCUCAUAUUCACAAAGGGGGAAACAAUAACCAGAGAAGGUGACCCAGUUCAAAGAAUGCUAUUUGUAGUAAGGGGUCAUCUCCAAAGCAGCCAAGUACUCCGAGACGGUGUGAAAAGCUGCUGCAUGUUAGGCCCUGGAAACUUCAGCGGCGACGAGCUUUUGUCAUGGUGUCUCCGAAGACCCUUUGUCGAACGACUUCCACCGUCUUCAUCGACACUGCUCACUUUCGAAACCACAGAGGCAUUCGGAUUAGAAGCCGAAGACGUGAAAUAUGUGACCCAACAUUUUCGAUACACAUUCGUGAACGAGAAAGUGAAGAGGAGCGCGAGAUACUAUUCGCCUGGAUGGAGAACUUGGGCAGCAGUGGCAAUUCAGUUGGCAUGGAGGAGGUAUAAACAUCGAUUGACACUCACUUCUUUAUCGUUUAUUAGGCCCAGAAGACCAUUGUCGAGGUGUUCUUCAUUAGGGGAGGACAGGCUUAGGCUUUAUACUGCUUUGUUGACUUCACCCAAGCCAAACCAAGAUGAUUUUGAUUUCUGAAAUAUUUAUGCUAAAAGCUGUGUGUGUGUGAAUUAUGGAACUCCCUGUCUUCGAAACUACACUUGCAAGCAAAAAAGGCAAUUUAUUAUGUUCUAUAUUUUUCUUUUCCUGUC